GGAACUCUUGGAUAUUCAAAAUAUUAUUGAAAAAAUCAGAAUGAAAAGUAUAUUUUUUCAAGUAAAGUCAUACUAAUUAACAUAAAGUUUAUACAAGAAGAUGAGGAUUCUGAUUUUAAAAUAAAGGAUGAACAAAAAGUAUGACAACAUGUUAAUGUUUAAUAUUUGGAUUAAGGAUGAAAUCUGCUCUUGGCUCAGUAAAGAAGUUCAUAAAUUAGCAGAUAAACAUAUACCUAUGGAAAAAGAUAAUUCUAAUAAGUUGAAUUUUAUACAACUGAAUAAAACAAAGAUAAUUACAAAUAAUAGGUAUUAUGCUUUGUUGUCACCUAAACCCAUUAUUAAAAGUAUUAAUAACAUUUGGUAUUCUGAUUUAAAUCCAGGAAAAAACUUUUUAAGUUUCAAAACAUUAGGUCCAAAUAAAGUUAUCAUAUAUGUAUCUACAUCUGAAAAAAUGACUAGACAACUUUUUUGCCAAAAAAUUAAUAAAUUAUAUGGCAUACCUUUGUCAACCUUAGAAAAUGCUGCCAAUGAUAUAACCUCAUUUUUUUAGAUUGCAUAGUGUACACUAAAAUGAAGAUAAUGAUAGCUACAAGAAUUCUGAAUGAUCUAAUAAAACAACUCAAAACUUAGACUAACAAAUCAUAUCCUAAUUCUUUUUAUAAUUUUAUACAUUACAAUUAACUGGAUUAAUUUAGACUCUUUUUAAGCAAACAUUUAUUAUUCUUUUUUAUAAAAUUUAUUAUUAUAAUACAAUAUAUUGCAAAAUAGAUACAAUUAUAAUUAUUAAAAAAUUGUUAAAUGACAAGGUUUUCAAUAAUUGUAAUAUAUUCACUUUGGGUGAUUGGACCAAAUUAGCGCUGUGCCGAUAUUAAAUAUUGAAUGGCACCGAUAUCUCAAGUUUUCCAAAAAUAUCGGAUUGGGUCGGUACCUCUAAAAAACCAAUCCAAUCUUUUUACUUUUCUUUUUUUGUUAUUUUAUGAUUUACAUUAAUAAUAUUUUCUAAAUAAUUUUUUUGAAACAAUGCAAAUGUACAAAAUCUCUUAAAUUUUAUUAUUUUUUUAAAUAGAUUUAUAAUAUUUUAAAAGUUUUUUUUAUAAAAAUAGAAAGGAACACCCAAUUAUUUAUUUUAAAUAAUGCCAAUUUUAUUAUUUAUACUUUAAAUAAAAGGAUUUUUUUAAAUA